AUGAGACUUCGAGAUGUCCAGCGUCUAGAACUGCCACCCACGGCAGACAUGCACGUCCAUCUCCGGCAGGGCAAAGUCAUGCAAUUGGUGGCUCGGCAGGUUUUGAACGGAGGCGUCGACACCGUCUUUGUCAUGCCCAAUCUCCAACCGCCCAUCACUACCGUCGCCCAAGCUCUGGAGUAUCAAUCUGCUCUCCGGUCCAUCGAACCUCGAGUCCAGUAUCUCAUGUCCCUCUACCUCCAUCCCUCCAUCACCCCCCAAGUGAUCGCCGAGGCCGCAGCAGCGGGCAUUACUGGAGUCAAGAUGUAUCCUCAAGGCGUCACCACAAACUCCGAGUCCGGCGUACCGGCGGAUUUUCUCAGCGCCUAUUCCCCCGUCUUCGCCGCCAUGCAGGAACACGACCUCGUGCUCAACCUGCACGGCGAGUGGCCGGGCCCUCUCCCCAACGACGACAUCACCCUCGAAGAAGCCUUCCUGCCGGAACUGAAGAAGCUUCACGAGAGGUUCCCACGGCUCCGAUGUGUCCUCGAGUGGCAGCGACUCCGCCCCCACGCCCUCUCCUCCAAAACGCAAGCGAAGCCCGUCCCCGCCGGCGUCUUCACCCAACCCUUCGCCACACAACUCGUCCUCCUCGCCUUCGAGGAGGCCAUCGCCCGCGGCGUCCUGUCCGACGACCAAGUCACGCAGGACAACCUCGAGGGGUUCCUCAGCCGCUCCGCCCGGCGGUUUUACAAGGUGCCCGAUCCCUCGGGAGUAAUUGUGCUGGAGAGGAAAGGCGAGAGGGUUCCGACGAGUAUCAAGACCGAAGGGGGAGAUGUCGAGAUCGGUCUGUCAAAGGCGGGGGCGGAGGUGUUUAGUCUCUCGUGGAAGUGA